GAUGGAACCUGUUUCUCUGUGCUAGGUAGUACCAGCUUUGCAGCAGAUGUUGCACUGAGAGUCGCUCUGCAGCCGAAGGUGGGACAAUGAAGCUGUUAGAGAACUCAAGUUUUGAAGCAAUAAACUCUCAGCUGACAGUGGAGACGGGAGAUGCUCACAUCAUUGGCAGGAUUGAGAGUUACUCGUGUAAGAUGGCAGGCGAUGACAAGCACAUGUUUAAGCAGUUCUGCCAGGAGGGCCAGCCACAUGUGCUUGAAGCCCUGUCACCCCCUCAGACCACGGGAAUCAGCCCCAGCAGCUGUCUUGUGUGUGUGCAGGCUCAGUAAGAGUCAGAGUGGAGACGAGGAGGGGCCCCUGAGCGACAAGUGCAGCCGCAAGACUCUCUUCUACCUGAUCGCUACCCUCAACGAGUCCUUCCGGCCCGACUAUGACUUCAGUGCUGCCAAGAGCCACGAGUUCAGCAGGGAGCCGAGCCUCAACUGGGUGGUGAAUGCUGUGAAUUGUAGCUUAUUCUCAGCGGUCCGGGAGGACUUCAAAGCCCUGAAGCCUCACUUAUGGGAUGCUGUGGAUGAAGAAAUCUGUCUCUCGGAGUGUGACAUCUACAGCUACAACCCAGACCUGGACUCGGACCCCUUCGGCGAGGAGGGCAGCCUCUGGUCCUUCAACUACUUCUUCUACAAUAAGAGGCUGAAGAGGAUUGUCUUCUUCACCUGCCGCUCCAUCAGUGGGUCCACAUACCCUCGCUCGGAGUCAGGGAACGAGCUGGACAUGGAUCUCGGUGAAGAAGACCAGGAGGGGAGCGUGGAUGCCUAUGACAAGGAAAGCAGCAAUAUCGAGGAGGACAGGGUGCAGGUUAUCUGCAUGUGAGUGUCCACAUGAGCUCCAAGAAGUACUCAGCCCUGCUGAGCCAGCCUUCCAGUCUCCAGUCCAACAGCAUUGAGGAUGGGCCAGCCCUGGCCGCUACGUGAACUACCCCAUGCACAGAGCCUGCAGCACUGCUCUGCUCUUCAGCGCUGGGGGCUCCAGAGUGCCCCAGCUCCUGCCCCACAGCACUGCAUGUGGAAAGCAGCUGGUGCUUCUGGGCUGCAGAUAUCCUCCAGCUGCAGGUGCUGCCCGAGAGCCUGUUCCCUCCAGACAGGUGCUGCAUGAUUGGUCAGCAGAGGCCGCUCUCAUUGCCGGCCUGGGCUCCAGCUUGCCAGAUGUUUGUGCAGGGCCUUUGAGAUGCUUCAGUGCACUUUAGGAAUUGAUCUGCUGGCUGCAUUGAUGUCCUGCUCCUGCUGGCUCUGAAGCAGGGCAGGCUGCUCCUCGGGCACUUUUCUUUACCGAUGGCAACCCAGCAAACUCCGUCCGGCCAUAGCAGUGGCAGGGCAGGGCAUCCUCACAUCCUGGAUCUCCUCUUUCAGAACUGUUGGUGACCCGCCCGUCCCCCCACAUCACUGGCCUGCUCCCUGUUUUUUGGGCGGGAGGGAGGUUGCUUGGCUCCUGCUCACCUCACAGGCUCAGUUUGCUCUUUUCCAAGGCUGUAGCAGCCAACUUGUGGCCCGAUGCUGAGCGCUGUGCAAAGGAACUGGCUGGGAGAGCGAGCUGAGGCCAGAGGGACUGAUUGAUGGUUGAUUGGUUUGUUUGUUUGUUUUUAAACCACAGAUGACUUUUGGCAUCAGCUGUGCUAGAGCUGGGCAAGAGCAGGGGCGGGGCGGAGGUGGCUGCCAGGAGCCAGCUCCACUCUCCGGGAGGGCUGCAGAGCCUGUUUUCCUCUUGUUGGCAGCUCAGCCCUGUAGGCUCUGACUCGUGCUCUGGCUUAACUGCAUCCUCCCCUCUGUCCCCCAUGGCUGGUUCCACAGCAGUGGCCCUCCUAGUGCAGGCUGCUGGGCCCAAUGCCAGGAUGAGUAUACACUGUCCCAGGACCAUAGCAGGACUGGGGUGCAGAGCUGCCUGCUCUUCAUGGGCACUGGAUCAUAUGAGGGGGGGGAACCUGGCACUAGCAUGGUGUCCGCAGAGGGCGGCAGCACCAGGCCUAGCUCCCUGCAGCUCCUCCUCUGGCCUCGCUCGCCCUGGCAGGGUGCACCGGGAUAGCUGGUGUAGUGCCAACCCCUAGUGGAGAUGUGCUGGCAGAGGAUCUGGGCCCAACUUCUCUGCUGCAGGGGAAAGGUGGAGAGGGGCUAGCCCAGCACAGUCAGGACCUCUACCUCUCAGCCAGCCGGGGAGGGCUCCAGGAGCUUGCCUGUGGAGCUGCACCCCGCUAGCCUCAGGCCUGCGGAGGCACCUGUAGCAGCCCCAAGUUCUGCUGCUGGACCAUGCACCAGCCUCGUCCACCUGAGCCUGCUCGUCACCCAGCCGCCUUCACCGCCGGAAUCUGCCCCAGGAACGGAUUGGUGCCGCAGAGGCUCUGGGAUGAGCCAUAGCUUUCCCUACAGCUAGAGGACAGUGUGGGGUUGCCAGCUGUCCCCACAGCCUCCCCUUCGCUGUGGGGCAUUGUCCCUUCACCCAUCCCCCAUCGGCAUUUGCUCUAAGGCAAGCUUGUCACAUCUGCCCAGCUCAGUGCUUUAAGGGCCAGCAGGUGCCUGUACAUCAGUGCUGGCAGGAGCUGUCUUGGCAGCAACAAUCUGCCUCCGUGGGUGUGCCCAGGGGCCUUGCUGGCCUGUGGAGGAUGGGGGAAGGGGAACCUUAUGGUCAAAGCACCCUGUUUUACCCACCUGUGGCCUAAGGAGGCUGCUCUCCCUAGCGCUGGGCGCCAUGGCUAUAACCUUCUACCCUGGAGCAGGGAGCCCAUGUGCGUUGAGCAUCUCUGCUAAAGCACUGCAGCCGCAGCUAGGCUCUGGCUGGAGCUCGCAGCAUUGGGGGCUCCUUGGCAGGGGGUCAUCAGCCUCUGAUCUGUGCCAUGGCUGGCCAGCGGGGUGAAGGGCACCCUGGUAGCUUGGACUCCUGCCAGAUGCUCAGCAUGGGCUGCGUGGGAGUCUCUGCAGUGGUGCCAGGGCAGAGAGCUGGUGAGCGCAGCAAGCUCCACAGCAUUACUCAGUCUGGACAAAUGUGACCCGUAUCCAUGGUUGAGAUGGGGCCCUGGCCAGGAACCAUGGGACCCGAUCCCAGCCCAGCUACCGAAGACCUGGCAUUCCCGCUCCUGCCUUUGCCCCUAUGUUCACUGGCCCAAGUGGUUCAUAGCCGGCCUCUUGGCAGGGAGCCCCUGCUCCAAGGGGAGGGCACAGCUGCUGUCCCCCUGCGCUGCUUCAAGAAUUUGUGCCUCUAAUCUCCUGCAUGGGUGGGUGGGGAGCUGGGGCCAGUUUCAUGUUUGUCCCUGUGAGGUUUGACUUUACUGCAUAGCAAUGUAUCGUUACACCAAUAAAGUUUAUCUGUGACUGA